UGGUUUCUGGUUGAUAGUCUGUCAAUCCACAGAGUUAAAGAGGAGGAGGAGGUCAGUCUUGCUAUCGUAGCAGCCUGCGCACCAGACCCAACCAGGAAGUGAGCGAAAGUUGCUAAUUAAUAUUAGUUUAAUUCGGCUUUUUUGUUGUCCCGCAUCGAGGUCGAACAGACAGCCAUGAGUUCAGCUGCUCCUCCGACUAUUGGGGAGUUAUUCCUCAUCCUCAGUGAGAUGGGUUUCUCAGAGGAACAGAUCCAGGCAGCUGUACAGGCGGGCCAUUUUUCUGUGCCAGAUGCAGCCGAGUGGCUCUUACAGGGUCAGUAUCCACGGCACAGGUUGGUCAAGCAAUCAUCACAGCCAGCUGAGACAGCAUUUUCUGCUUUCAACCCACCCAAAGAGGCAGCGAGCACUUCAGAGACGCAGACAUCUCCUUCUGACAGCAGAGCUUCCCCUUCAUUGGUGCUGAGACCUUCACAGUCAGGCACCCUGUCCCCAGACCCACUACCAGUCGAGUCCCGCAUCAAACAGGACAAAAGUGACUUUGAAGAGCAGCAGAGACAACGAGUUGCUCAAGAAGCCAGAGCAGAGAGAAGACAAAAGAAACAGGAGCGCGAGUUGGUGUUAAAGCGGAUAGCUGAGGAUCGGAGGAGCCUGCAGGAGAAGAUCCAAACCAGUGCCGCCACAGAGACGUCUCCUCCCACUGUUCAAGGACAGAAGCUUGGAGGAAAGGUUCGGGCUAACGUGGAUAACAACUGUGUCCUCAUGAUUCGUCUGCCAUCUGGUGAGUCCAUGCGUGAACGCUUCCCAGCCGAUGCUCCUCUGCGCAGCGUUGUGGAGCACAUCACCGGACGUCACCCUUCCCUAGCCUCCUUUUCCCUCCUCCAGGGUUUUCCACGAAAACGCUUUGGCGAGGCAGAGCUUGCUUGUUCGCUGCACUCUCUUGGCCUCACGCCCAAUGCUGCGUUAUGUAUUCAGACCACUCCUCCAGAAACACCUCAGGAUGCACAGAGUCCUGCAGAUCCACCUUCAGUGGAAGAGAAUGAGCAGUCUCCGUGUGAGGUGUCUCCUCAGCCACAUAUCCCUGUCAUGGAGGAGGAGGCAGGAGGCCAGGGCCUUGUUCUACCUCCUCCACUACCCAACCAGCUGUGGGAAGAGGCAGUGAAUUAUGCAGGAAUACCUGGUGUUGGUCCUUCACUGUCUGGGCCGUUUCACUUCUGGGGGCGUGGCCAGAGGUUGGUUCCUGGUAAUCCCGAAGCAGCUGAAGGCAUAGAGGUUGAUGAGGAACAAGAAGGAGAGGAUGAACCACCUCACAUGCUCAAUGGAAUGCCGAGGCUGCCUUUCUUUCCGGAGAAUAGGUUCCGUGGAGAAUUUGAGCCCAGGCACAACUGGCCAGAGCAAGGAAAUCGACUCAGGGAGGCUCCAGAAGAGGACCCAGCAGAGCCUGAGGAUGCAGGAGGUCGGGUGGCACCUGUCGCUGCAGGUAUGGCUGCAGUGGAGCGUCUUCAAAGAGCUGCACGGCAAGAAGACCCCCGUGCCUCCCAGGGACAACCAUCACCCCCUAAAAGACCCUUCAGGGCACCCAGCAUGCCGUCCCUAUGUGCCUUGGCCAUCCGUGCUACUGUCCACCUCAUGACUGCUCCCAGCAUGCAGUACAGCAGCAGUCUGGCGUGCCUCACCCCGGAGCUAGCAGAGCUUCUGCUCAACCACAUGUCCCGUGAGAGGCUCCUACGUCCGCGCACCCUGGAGCUCUUCUUCGGCUGCCCGUUGCAGAAGUUUGUCCUAAACUGCUACCCUUACUCCACCAAUGAGCUCCUGCGGCAGUUACGAGCCUUCACAGCAUUAAAGCAUCUGAGUCUGGUCAACUCACCUCUAAUUACUGACUCUGGGCUGUCAAUCUUCUCCAGCCUGGCCAAGCUCCAGUACCUCAACCUGGCCUCCUGUAGCAAACUGACCGACUCCUGCCUGCAGCAUAUCACAGGUUUGAAGAGCCUGUGUUUCCUGUCCCUGGACCAGACCAAAGUGACCGAUGCCGGGAUGGUGCUGUAUCUCCAGUCAGCACCGUCCUGCCUCUCUCAACUCAGCCUGAACCAGACGGCUGUGACUGAAGCCUCACUGGUUGUCCUGCCCACCUGUGUGCCACAACUGCGGCUCCUCAGCAUCAAGCAGACCAAGGUCAAGGAUGUGUCAGCUUUGGCAAGGCUGUCCAACCUACAGACUCUGAACCUGGAUGUGACAGGUGUGACAGAAAGCUCCCUGGAGCACCUGUCCUCCCACCCUACCCUGUCCUCCCUCAGUUUGGCGGGAAUCCCUGUAGCGGACGGCAAUCAAGCUCUGCAGAUCAUCUCAGGUCUAAGGUUGACACAGCUGACCCUCCCUGGACGCCACACUGUGACAGACAGCGGGUUAUCAUUCCUCUCUAGACUGUCUCUGCUCUUAGAACUGGACCUGACAGACUACACACAAGUCACAGACCAGGGAGUCAGCCAGCUCUCCACCAUGACCAGGUUGAAGAAAUUGUCACUUAGCAACACUCAGGUGACAGAUGCAGGGCUUCCCUCUCUGCGUGGCCUGCAGGAGCUGCAGGAGCUCUGUUUGGACCGAACCGCAGUCACCAGCCGAGGAGUGGCCGAUCUCAUCACCUGCCUGCCGCACCUCCAGGUGUUGGGGUUAGCCAGCACUCAGGUGGGAGACACAGUAGUGAGGAGAGGUGUUAUCCGCUGCAAUCAGCUUGUGAAGCUGAAUCUCAGCCGCACACGUAUCACAGACCACGGCCUGAAGUGUUUGAAACACAUGCAUCUGGCUCAGGUGAAUCUGGACGGGACUGGCGUGAGUCUGAUUGGUAUUGCGAACCUCCUCUCUUUCACCAACAUCAGCAGCAUUCGCGCCAGCAACACUCGCACCGUUCCCCCCGAUGAGGUCUCAGAUGAGGAGUGGGAAGCCCAGUGAGCAUCGAUACCCCUUGGUUGGUCCACACAUAUACAGCACCUGAGUGCGCCUCUGACUGCUGCCGUCCCCUUUUAGCCCCCUGAAACAUGCUGCCGGCAGGAAACUCUGUGAGACAGCAUAACUGAAACACUCCUCCUACUUGCACUGUUUCAACUGCAGCUAGUGCCACUAAUCUGUCAAUCACGCACGCUACCAAGUUGAAACCUUAAACGGGAACCUUGUGUUUUAAAAACCAGGCCAUUUCUAACGUUUACGUAUAUAUAUAAUCAAUCUGUAUUUACUUGCAUAAACUGCAGCCCUUUUUGUCUCUGGAAAAGUCCAUCUGACAAAUAGCUUUAAAGCUUUUAUGUGCAGCCUUAUAGGUUGGAGCUAUCGGUUUCUCCUGGUUGGCACUUUUUGAGCCGACUGGCAGGAGCAUAUUAAGUGUUGGAAAUGUAACUUAUAACACCGCAUGUAUUUUCAGACUGAAUGACUAACAGACUGAUAUAUGUAGAAAUUAAAUGAAAACCUAAAUAACACAUUCAAAUAAAUACAGUUGAAGAAUAUUGUUUGGAGGACAUGAAGGCAGAUAAUGUCUUUCACUAACACUGAAUCGUGAGCUCUCUUCAUGUCAUGUUGGAUUUAUAAGCAUAAAUUAACCUUCUGAUGUUAGAAUUAGGUGCAAUGUUUGUUUUGUUGGCUUGAAUAUUCGGCACUAUUGUUACAUUAAACACUACUGUAGAUGUCAGUGGUUAAAUUAUUUGUUUAUUGUUGUAAUACAGUUAACUGCUGCUGGAGACGAGAUAUCAGCUCGUUUGAUUGGCUUUAAAUCCAUAAAAAUGAAAAGAAAUGCCCAUGUUGCUUCUGUAUGGCAGGUUAUUGUUGCCACCAUGACAAUUUCUCAUUAGUGAUACAACAGGAUUAAGUGGGUUCUUGUUAAAAUGGUUGUUAUGGUACGGUUGAACCCAGUUGUUAUGUAGUAAUGAGAAAAAAACAUGAAAAAUGAGAAGGAUCUUGUUAAAAUGAGAAUUAUGUCCAUAGCGGUGGCAGUAAGACGCAGCCAUACUUCUGUUACGUUGACACCCUUCCAGUUUGACAUGAACACAGCUUUACUGUUCAAGCUCUUAAUUAAGAUUUGGAUUAUGUAACCUGUAUGGGCGUUAGUUUACAGCAGACCAUAAGUCACCUAAAACACACACACUUUGUAACUUAAAAUGCAUCCUGGAGAUGCAUUUGGAUUCAGUUGUUUGGUUUUAUGAAUGGCAUAUGUCAUAUUACCGUCCAUUAGCGUUAGUAAUGCAGCCCAGACGUUUUCAGUUACAUGGAUACAGGGUGAGCAGCGUACAUAUAGUGUAGUGGCUGUAAGAUGAGGUAGGAUCUAUGCAGCCAAGGGGCUCACAAGCCAGAAUCCAAAGCAACUUCUUUAAUCACUUCAAGUUUUGUCCUCUUGUUUACAGAGAUGUAAAAUAGUUUAUUUUCCCUAACAGCUUUUGAUUUUUGGAUACGAGCACUGUAUUCAUCAAGUUUAAGAAAAAAAAUAAAGUCUUCUCAAUCUAAA